AUGGGCUGUCAUUGGAGAGAAAUGAGGAGUUUUGGGCUGCAUUUGCUGACCGGCAGAUGGUUCACUCUGUUCGCUUCACUCCUGAUCAUGUCCGUCAAUGGCGGUGCUUAUUUAUUCGGUGUCUACUCCAAUGACAUCAAGUCCACAUUAGGCUAUGAUCAAACAACCCUUAAUUUGGUCAGUUUUUACAAGGAUUUGGGAGGCAACCUCGGAAUCAUAUCAGGGCUGAUUAAUGAAGUUUGUCCCCCAUGGGUCGUUUUGGCCAUUGGCGCUGUUAUGAACUUCUUUGGUUACUUCAUGAUCUGGCUAGCUGUCACGGGCCGUACCCCGAAGCCUCAGGUGUGGCAGCUGUGCUUGUAUAUAUUCAUCGGUGCUGAUUCACAGGCAUUUGCUCAUACGGGCUCUUUGAUCACAACCGUUAAGAACUUUCCUGAGAGUCGAGGCAUCGUUUUAGGCCUUUUGAAAGGUUUUGUUGGCCUAAGCGGCGCUAUCAUGACACAAUUGUACCAUGCCCUGAAUGGAGAUGAUACCAAGUCCAUCAUACUACUCGUAGGAUGGCUUCCGGCAGCUGUUUCAGUCGUGUUUCUUCCUGCAAUUCGACUCAUGAAGGUCAUCAAGCAGAAGAAUGAGCUCAGGUUGUUCUACUCUAUGUUGUAUAUUUCACUAGGCCUUGCCAGUUUUCUGAUGGUUAUAAUCAUUAUCCAAAAGAGGCUUACGUUUAGUAGGAGUGAAUAUAUUGCAAGCGCCGUUGCUGUGCUUAUUCUGGUCUUUUCUCCACUUCUUGUUGUUGCAAAAGAAGAAUUUACAACAUAUUCAUGGAACAAGACAAUUGCUUCAAUGAGAAAUGUCUUCCAUCCACCAGAACUAGGGGAGGACUACACCAUUUUGCAAGCAGUUUUUAGUUUGGACCUGUUAAUUCUUCUUAUUUCGACAUCAUGUGGCAUCGGUGGUGCACUAACAGCAAUAGAUAACUUGGGUCAAAUUGGCAAAUCUUUAGGCUAUCCAAGCAAUAGCAUUACCACUUUUGUAUCACUGGUCAGCAUCUGGAAUUAUCUGGGACGAGUAGCAGCCGGAUUCUCCUCAGAAUUCCUUCUGAUAAAAUACAAAUUUCCGCGAUCUUUGAUGCUUACAUUCGUACUUGCACUUGCCUGUGUUGGUCAUAUCCUGAUUGCUUUUCCAGUUCCAAAUUCUCUCUACACAGCUUCAGUGAUCAUUGGAUUUUGUGUUGGAGCACAAUGGACGUUACUUUUUGCAAUAAUAUCAGAGAUAUUUGGCCUUAAAUACUACUCCACAUUGUUCCAAUUUGGUGCCUUGGGAAGCCCAAUUGGAGCCUAUGUUCUCAAUGUGAAAGUAGCUGGUCAUCUCUAUGAUAAAGAGGCAAUGAAGCAAAUGGUAGCUAAGGGGCUCACAAGACAAUCUGGCCAGGACUUGACAUGCUUUGGGGGGAAGUGUUACAGAAAAUCUUUUAUUAUAGUAGCAGCUGCAACCCUUUUUAGUUGCCUUGUCUCUUUAAUUCUGGUAGUUAGGACAAGAGAAUUUUACAAAGGAGACAUUUAUAGAAAGUUUAGAGAUGGCACAAAGAUGGAUUUUGCUGAUGCAACUGGUACUGAAGCAUAUGAUGGCACCAUCACUAAAUCCAAGCAUGAAACUGAAUGUAUAGAUGAAAAGAAGCAAGAAGAUUGCACAUAG